AUGGGCGAUAAUACUGAUUUUGAACCACUAGAGCCUUCUUUGAAGAAUGUAAUCGAACAAAAAUCAUUGCGUUGGAUUUUUGUUGGUGGUAAAGGAGGUGUUGGUAAAACUACGUGCAGUUGUAGUUUGGCAGUACAGCUUUCCAAAGUGCGAGAAUCAGUUCUCAUAAUCUCUACAGAUCCAGCACACAACAUUUCUGAUGCCUUUGAUCAAAAGUUUUCAAAGGUACCAACUAAAGUAAAGGGCUUUGAAAAUCUUUUUGCUAUGGAAAUUGAUCCAAAUGUUGGAUUAACCGAAUUACCCGAAGAAUAUUUCGAAGGAGAAGCAGAGGCAAUGAGAUUGGGUAAAGGUGUGAUGCAGGAAAUUGUUGGGGCAUUUCCAGGAAUAGAUGAGGCUAUGAGUUAUGCUGAGGUUAUGAAAUUAGUAAAAGGCAUGAACUUCAGUGCUGUGGUGUUUGACACUGCACCAACAGGACACACUUUACGUUUACUGUCAUUCCCUCAAGUUGUAGAGAAAGGGCUUGGUAAACUAAUGCUCUUGAAAUCCAAGGUAGCACCAUUCAUCAACCAAGUUGCAUCUCUAUUUGGCAUGGCAGACUUUAAUUCAGACAUGUUUAGCAAUAAAAUGGAUGAAAUGCUAUCUAUCAUACGACAAGUGAACACUCAGUUCAAAGAUCCCAAUCAGACAACUUUUGUGUGUGUUUGUAUAGCUGAAUUUCUGUCUUUGUAUGAAACAGAGAGACUUGUUCAGGAACUUACUAGGUGUGGCAUUGAUACACACAAUAUUAUUGUUAAUCAACUUUUAUUGAAGGCUUCUGCGCCAUGUGAACUAUGUGCAGCGAGGCAUAAAGUUCAAGAGAAAUAUCUUGAACAAAUAGCAGAUUUGUAUGAAGACUUUCAUGUCACAAAAUUACCACUUUUAGAUAAAGAGGUCAGGGGUGCUGAUGCUGUUAAUUCUUUCUCUGAAUAUUUGCUUAACCCUUAUAAGCCGUCAUCUCCAUAA